UGUACAAAUUGUAACACUCAAACAACCCCAUUAUGGAGAAGAAAUCCUGAAGGUCAACCUCUAUGUAAUGCUUGUGGCUUAUUCUUGAAAUUGCAUGGUGUUGUUCGUCCAUUAUCUUUGAAAACUGACGUUAUAAAGAAAAGACAAAGA